AUGGGUCGGGAGUCACGCCACUAUCGAAAGCGAUCAGCAUCACGUGGGCGCUCUGGAAGUCGAUCUAGAAGUCGUUCUCCCUCCGACAAAAGAAGUAAACGUGGAGAUGACAGACGGUCUAGAAGUAGAGACAGAGACAGAAGGAGAGAGAGAUCUCGUAGCAGGGAUAAAAGAAGAUCUCGGUCAAGAGACAGGAAGCGUCUGAGGUCAUCUGAUUGUGACUCAAGAAAUUCAGCUCGACCAAAAACUCUUAAGCAGUGUUUUAAGUUUAGAAAUCUUGAGUUAUCUUCUCUCUACCAAAGAGAACCCUUUAAAGCUACUGAGAAAGGCAUGGAUCCCAAGCUCCGCUCAUGCUCUUCCUUAAUGAUGGUCUUGGAAUCAUCUAGAUCCAAAGAAAAAACAGAAGGUGGGGAAAGUUCUAAAGAGAAGAAAAAAGACAAAGAUGACAAAGAGGAUGAAAAAGAAAAAGAUGCUGGUAACUUUGAUCAGAAUAAGCUCGAAGAAGAAAUGAGAAAGCGAAAAGAAAGAGUAGAAAAAUGGCGUGAAGAGCAACGUAAAAAGGCCAUGGAAAAUAUAGGGGAACUGAAGAAGGAAAUUGAAGAGAUGAAGCAGGGGAAAAAAUGGAGUUUAGAAGAUGAUGAUGAUGAUGAAGAUGAUCCUGCAGAAGCCGAGAAGGAAGGAAAUGAAAUGGAGGGUGAGGAAUUAGAUCCAUUAGAUGCUUACAUGGAAGAAGUGAAAGAGGAAGUAAAAAAGUUCAACAUGAGAAGUGUAAAAGGUGGUGGAGGAAAUGAAAAGAAGUCUGGACCAACUGUUACAAAAGUUGUCACUGUUGUGACUACCAAAAAAGCAGUUGUUGAUUCUGAUAAGAAGAAAGGUGAGCUCAUGGAGAAUGACCAGGAUGCCAUGGAGUAUUCUUCAGAGGAGGAAGAAGUUGAUCUUCAGACUGCCCUUACAGGCUAUCAGACAAAACAGAGGAAACUUCUAGAGCCAGUUGAUCAUGGAAAAAUUGAAUAUGAACCGUUUAGAAAAAAUUUUUAUGUUGAAGUUCCAGAACUAGCAAAAAUGUCUCAAGAGGAGGUGAAUGUAUUUCGAUUGGAAAUGGAGGGCAUUACAGUCAAGGGAAAAGGUUGCCCCAAACCAAUUAAAUCUUGGGUCCAGUGUGGAAUUUCCAUGAAGAUCUUAAAUUCCCUCAAAAAACAUGGCUAUGAAAAACCCACGCCAAUUCAGACCCAAGCGAUUCCUGCCAUAAUGUCUGGACGAGACUUGAUUGGCAUUGCCAAGACAGGAAGUGGAAAGACUAUUGCUUUUCUGUUGCCCAUGUUUAGACACAUCAUGGAUCAGAGGUCAUUAGAAGAAGGAGAGGGACCAAUAGCUGUCAUCAUGACUCCAACUCGAGAACUGGCUCUCCAGAUUACUAAAGAAUGUAAGAAGUUUUCCAAGACUCUGGGACUUAGAGUGGUCUGUGUUUAUGGAGGAACAGGAAUCAGUGAGCAGAUUGCUGAACUGAAAAGAGGUGCUGAAAUUAUUGUUUGCACACCUGGUCGAAUGAUUGACAUGUUAGCAGCUAACAGUGGUCGGGUCACAAAUCUUAGAAGGGUGACAUAUGUUGUUUUAGAUGAAGCAGACAGAAUGUUUGACAUGGGGUUUGAACCACAGGUCAUGCGCAUUGUGGAUAAUGUCCGUCCUGAUCGACAGACAGUUAUGUUUUCAGCUACUUUCCCGAGAGCUAUGGAAGCUUUGGCUCGCAGAAUCCUGAGUAAGCCCAUUGAAGUGCAGGUUGGAGGCAGAAGCGUGGUUUGCUCAGAUGUGGAACAACAAGUGAUUGUGAUUGAAGAAGAAAAGAAAUUCUUGAAGUUACUUGAGCUUUUAGGUCAUUAUCAAGAAUCAGGAUCUGUCAUCAUAUUUGUGGACAAGCAGGAACAUGCUGAUGGUCUUCUGAAAGAUUUAAUGAGAGCAUCGUAUCCUUGCAUGUCUCUUCAUGGAGGUAUUGAUCAAUAUGACAGAGAUAGCAUCAUAAAUGACUUUAAAAAUGGGACCUGCAAACUUCUUGUGGCCACUUCUGUUGCUGCUCGAGGCCUAGAUGUGAAACACCUGAUUCUUGUAGUAAAUUACAGCUGCCCAAACCAUUAUGAAGAUUAUGUCCACAGAGCAGGACGAACCGGAAGAGCAGGCAACAAAGGCUAUGCCUAUACUUUUAUCACAGAAGAUCAAGCUCGUUAUGCUGGUGACAUAAUAAAAGCCCUUGAAUUGUCAGGGACCACAGUGCCUCCUGAUCUGGAAAAACUUUGGAGUGAUUUUAAAGAUCAACAGAAAGCUGAGGGGAAAAUAAUUAAAAAGAGUAGUGGGUUCUCUGGUAAGGGAUUCAAGUUUGAUGAAACAGAACAAGCUUUGGCUAAUGAAAGGAAGAAGUUACAAAAAGCAGCUCUUGGUCUGCAAGAUUCAGAUGAUGAGGAUGCUGCUGUUGAUAUUGAUGAGCAAAUUGAAAGCAUGUUUAAUUCAAAGAAGAGAGUGAAGGAUAUGGCUGCCCCUGGAACGUCUAGUGUUCCUGCUCCCACUGCAGGAAAUGCUGAGAAAUUAGAAAUUGCUAAGAGAUUGGCUCUGAGAAUAAAUGCUCAGAAGAAUUUGGGCAUCGAGUCUCAGGAUGUGAUGCAGCAGGCCACCAAUGCAAUUCUCAGAGGUGGUACCAUCCUGGCUCCCACUGUGUCUGCAAAAACCAUAGCAGAGCAGCUUGCUGAAAAGAUCAAUGCCAAGCUGAAUUAUGUACCUUUAGAGAAACAAGAAGAAGAGAGACAGGAUGGUGGACAGAAUGAAUCUUUUAAGAGAUAUGAGGAAGAAUUAGAAAUCAAUGACUUUCCACAGACUGCUAGGUGGAAAGUUACCUCUAAGGAAGCACUGCAGAGGAUCAGUGAAUAUUCUGAAGCUGCAAUUACAAUCAGAGGGACAUACUUCCCUCCUGGCAAAGAGCCCAAGGAAGGAGAGCGGAAAAUUUACUUGGCAAUUGAAAGUGCCAAUGAACUGGCUGUGCAGAAAGCGAAAGCAGAAAUCACCAGGCUUAUAAAAGAAGAACUGAUUCGACUGCAAAAUUCAUACCAACCAACCAACAAAGGAAGAUACAAAGUCUUAUAG